AUGUACUACGAGACCAUACUGACUGUCCCUCAAGCGGACGCUCUCUUCACUCCUCCCUCUUCCUACUCUCCUCAAAAGCCGAUUGCGAGGCUGGACCUUGGCUUCGACUCUCCCUCUGACGACGUGCUAGACGCUGAUAUCUUCAACAUGACUGGCACAGGAUCACCUCAACCAUACAUCAAAGAAGAAGUCGACGAGAUGUCUUUCAACCAACGCUUCCUCGGUCACAACGGCCUUGACAUGAACCACCAAUACGCUAACGCUCAGUUCGCUGGGCACGAGAAUGCCAAUGGCAUCAACCCCUCUGAGCUCAACAUGAGCGGGAGCAUGAUGGGCAACCACUUCGCCGGCAACAGCUACAUGCAGGGCGGAGCAGGGAUUGCUGACGACGAACUUGCCGAGUCACUUGGCACUUUCGAACAACAACCAGCCUUCAACAACUUUGCCCAAGAGCAGGCUGGCCAGCAAGACUACUACCACAGUCACACCAACAACCCAAAUAUGAACCAGGUCUACUCAAACACCCCAGACGACCUGCCUAUCCACAGCCCUUUCAACCACCCUGGCAACUUCGACUUCAACCAGUACCAAUCAGUACCACAGAGGAUGAACUUCCCUGGCAGCAUGCCCAGUGGAUCCAUGCGCCAGCGUAUCACCAUGAGCCGGACUGGUUCUGACAGCCGUGCUCCCAUGUCACCAAAGACCCCUGCCAUGGCUGGUCUCCACCUCGGCACGCCAGACUCUGGUAACUUUACUCAGCCAAUCAUGACCAACAUGCACCGCCAUCAAAAGAGCGUGUCUGGCCAGUGGGACGGCACUCCCGGAAGUGCGCACUCAUGGAUUGACUCGCCCACCGCGUCACCCCACCAGGGUACCAUGCACCACCAGCAGAUCACCGAUGUCCUGCAUUCCGGCAAGCACAACUCACUACCCGCCAAGGUCGAUAUUGGCCAGAACGCAGACGCUAAGAAGCGCCGGCGUCGGGAGUCUCACAACUUGGUCGAGCGUCGCCGACGGGACAACAUCAACGAGCGCAUUCACGACUUGUCUCGUCUUGUACCUCAGCAUCGCCUCGAGGACGAGAAGAUCCGCAAGCACAUCAACAACAAUGGCCCCUUGUCACCUACCAUGGGCGCCACCGGCAUGUCGCCUCCACAAGCAACGUCACUUCUCGCUGGUGGCAAUGGAAGGCGGGCCGCUGGUAACAUUACACAGGGAUUGCCCAUCGAGGAGAAGGACAAGGGCCCGAACAAGGGUGACAUUCUCAACGGUGCUGUCAGCUGGACUCGCGAUCUCAUGUGGAUGCUGUCCAAGAAGCUUCAAGAGUGUGACGAGCUAGCUGCACGACUUCAACAAGCCACUGGCGAGGAGUGGGUCACCGAACAGACUGAAGACGAGAAGCGCAUGAAGACCGAGAUCCUCGAGGCUCUUGAGAAGAACGGCUCGGGUACCUUCCGAUACUCGCGAGGCCCUGGCUCCGGACUCCGAGUGCCCAAGCACACCAACUUGGCCGGUGAACCUAUCAGCGGCGCAUCUCCACAGAGUCUUAGCCCAGGCAUGCAGAGUACCGGUAGCGGAUCUGGAUCGAACCAGCAGCAGUACUGGUCCAGUCUCAAAGAGGAGGAUGAGUACGGCAUGGACAUGAACUGA